GGGAGCCUCGAGCGGCGCUGCCCCGGACAACCGCCAGGACGCGGCGGCCAUGGAGGAGGAGGAGGCGCGGGGCUCCUUCUGCCUGCAGAAAUUUGUUUUAACAGAUGACUCUAAUGAUGAUUAUCAGUAUGAAGAGGUUUCAACAGAUGACGAAUUUAGUCUUGAAGAAGGUGAUGAGGAUCUGUCGCAGGCUUUGCAGACUGUUCAAAAGCAGGCUGAAGAUGCCCACGUUUUAGCUUCACCAUCAUGUCUGACUUCUGAGAAAUCAGUGUCUGAAAUACCCGAAGCGAUGGAUGACUUCUUCUGCAAUUUCCUUGUCAGAUUGGGAAUGUCCAGAACCCUUGACUGCUUCCAAACGGAAUGGUACGAACUCAUACAGAGAGGAGCGUUAAAAGCUGAAGAUACUGGGUUAGUUCCAACUGUGUACACCCGCAACCAGCAACUUCAGGAUGAGAAUAUGCGUUUGAGGAAAGAUUUGGAGAACUAUAAAAUUGCUGCCAACCAAGCAAAAGAGGCUUUUCUAAAAAUGCAGAAAGAACGUGACUUCCAUCGAAUGCAUCAUAGGCGAGUGGUUCAGGAGAAAAACAAGCUUAUUAGUGACAUUAAAAGGCUGAAGACGCAUUACGAAUCGUAUGAACCGGUGCUGAAGCAGUUGACUGAAAAAUAUGAGGCUAUCCUGAGACAGAAGACAUUAACUAGUUUGGAGAGAGACAGGGCAGUUGGGCAGGUUACAGAUUUGCUGGCGAUGUUGCCCAACUUAGACUCCGGACGUGCAGAUCGGAUUCCUGUGAGAAAAGUAGGCCAUGAAUGUCAAGGGAAGAAAGUGUUGGAAGGUCCCACCCAGAGAGCUCUUCGGGAAGCCAGGCAGCAAAGAAGUUCUUCAUGCCGAAAGCUCUUCGUGUGAUCCAGGCAAAGAUGUAGAGAAGAUGGGCAGGAGAUACCCAAAGGACAUUUCUUCUGUACGAUGCCAGCAGUACACCUCUCUUCUGAGAAAUGCUCCAUUUUAUUUGUUUUCAUUACUUUUCCUUCUCCUGAACCUCCAAAUAAAAUAGUAAAAUAAUAAAAUAAUGUAUGUUCUGGUGUUUUCUAAAAUGCUUCUUACCACAAAUUGGAAAUAAAUCUGUGCUGUCUCUUCCCCUGUCAGUUCCUGAGUGUUACUGAGGCACCUGUCGUUCAGCCCAUCCCAAAUUCCCCUGUUCUCUGUUCUAUGGUUAGAAACUUCUGUCUUAGGCUCUUGUAGGUAUCUCUUCUUUUCAUUUUGGCUUGAGAACAGGUGAGUAUUUCUUGGCAUAUUAAAUCUUAUUUUUUUUGUUCCUGUUUUUACUGAAGUCAUCAGGGUUUUUAUAGUAAACUUCAGUUGGAGUUGUUUCACUCCUUGAAUACAUAAACUCUGCACAGGUAGCCUGCCUGGCUCCUUCUUGCUCUUUGAAAUUCAUAAGCACUGUUACUGACUGGUUCUGGCAAGCAUCUGUGUUUCUGCAGCUCUUAUGUUUCCCAGAUGAGUCCUACCAAAGGCCCUGAUGUCUUUAUUUAAUCAAUAGAUUAGAAAACUGGAGUAGCUCCAGAAAUAAGACAUCAGAAAAUAAGGGUAUAUUUGAACGUACUGUAUUUUUACCAUAGCUAAGCAAAAUUCUAGAGCUUGAGGUGUGAGACUAACAACUUCUCCAACAGCAGAACAAGACCCUUUUCCCACUUCAAAUUUCCUGGAUCUGUUAUUUCUGAAGAUUUUCUUGCCGUGCUACCUUAGAUCCUGCCUUUGAAUUGUCUAAUUCUUUGGCUGUUAGAAAUAAGUGGCAGAAGGAAUGAUGAGUCAGAGGGCAAAGGCAUGAGUUAAAAUUUUGUUUAAAACGAUGAUACUCGCAGAACUCUGUCCUGUAGUGUGUGUUUAUUGAACUGCAAUUCUCAUUUAAGCUAUGUUUUUAAAAUAAUGUUUUCUUACUUAACAGUUUAGUUGUCUGAAUAUACGUUCCAGCUGAAAGGAUUGGGUGUAAAUGAUGGCUUUGCCUUCUUUAGAUCAUUUUGUGACAUGUGGAUUCACACUUGUGUGGUUUUGACCUCAUCUCCUUUGACCUAUAUCAAAAGAUCUUUUGAAUUCUACUGUGACUUAGAUUCUCUCUUGCAAUGAUUCAGCAUGACAAGGUCUUUAUUGAAGAGUGUGCCAUAAAUAAUAGUCUUGUUGUCAUUUACAGUGAUGAAAAUAACACUUUGAGUAUUUGGUGAGGGGUUAAAUUCAUUUGAGGUGUAGUAUUAAGCUGAUUACAUGUAGGCUCUUUGUACCACAAGUGA